AUGGGUGGACCCGUCGGAAAUCCUGAAAGCAUGUCUAAAGCAUGGAGAAGUCUUAGUUAUAGUCUGAAAACAACUCUUGGUAGCAUGGUUUUGCCACUUGGUUCUUUGACUAUUGGAUUAGCUCGGCAUCGUGCAUUGUUAUUUAAGGUUCUAGCUGAUAGAUUGACAAUUCCAUCGCGGUUGGUGAAAGGACAACAAUAUACAGGUUCUGAUGACGUGGCAAUAAACUUUGUCAAGAUUGAUGGAAGGGAGUAUAUUGUUGAUCUAAUGGCAGAUCCUGGAACUCUUAUUCCAUCUGAUGCUAUUGGAUCACAUAUUGUGUAUGAUGAAUCCGUUUUUGAAGCAAGCCCUUCAUCAAGAGAGGUUGAUUCUUCUCGCGUAGCAUCAUCAAGCAGUGGAGUUGGAAGUUCGUCGGAAGAAGCUUCAGAUGUUGGAAUGUCAGGCAGGGGAAACAGAUCAAAACAUCACCAUGUUAAGAAGGUCAAUUCAUAUGUGCACUUGAGAUCAUCUUCAUGGAGUGAAGGGAUCAGUUCCUCUGUCGUAAACCGAAUGAAAGCCAAAAAUGUUUCGCAAUUUAUGAUCGAAACUACCAAGGAAAAUCCUCACUUAGCUAAAAAACUUCAUGAUGUUUUACUCGAAAGUGGUAUUGUUCCUCCUCCAAAUUUAUUUUCGAACAUUUAUCACGAAGACACUCUUUUCUCAAACGAAGUAAAAAAUGAACACAAACAAGGAAGUGAACAUCAGGAAGUGGAAUUCAACGAUAGUCUCAGUCCUGCUAGAUUUAAGCCCGUAGAAGGUUUAGGAGCCAAUCUUCCUCUUCAUACAAGAGAAGGUGUUGGAAACAUUUUACCGACUCAGGUAAAACAUGGGAAAAAGGUGCCAUCUGCUGCAGCGGCAGCCGCAGCGGCUGCAGUUGUUGCAUCUUCUAUGGUAGUAGCCGUGGCAAGGUCAAACACUGACUCCAACAUCGAGCUUUCAGUCUCGGCAGCUGCUACUGCUGCAGCUGUAGUAGCAGCUACUGCUGCAGUUAGCAAGUAUGAGCCGAGCAGUCGAAGCGACGCGGAUACCGAAGGUUCUGGAACGAAUUUGGGAAGAUCCGGAAGCUCAGUUGUAAGUAAUGACAGUAUAAAAUCUGAUUUUUCUUUAGACGAAGUUGCUGAGUAUGAAAUUCCGUGGGAGGAAAUCACACUCGGUGAACGUAUUGGACUUGGAUCUUACGGGGAGGUGUAUCGCGGUGAAUGGCGAGGAACCGAAGUUGCUGUAAAGAGGUUUCUAAAUCAAGAUAUAUCCGGUGAAACACUUGAAGAAUUCAUCAGUGAGGUCAGAAUAAUGAAAAGAUUGAGGCAUCCAAAUGUGGUUCUCUUCAUGGGAGCUGUAAUUCGACCUCCAAAUCUUUCAAUCGUUACUGAAUUUCUACCAAGAGGAAGUUUGUAUAGAUUAAUUCACCGGCCAAACAAUCAAUUAGAUGAACGGAGACGUUUGAGAAUGGCGCUUGAUACUGCUCGAGGAAUGAACUAUUUGCACAACUGUAGUCCAGUGAUAGUACAUCGCGAUUUGAAGUCUCCGAAUCUUCUUGUUGAUAAAAAUUGGGUUGUAAAGGUGUGUGAUUUUGGCUUAUCACGUAUGAAGCAUAGCACAUUCCUUUCUUCCAGAUCAACUGCAGGCACAGCCGAGUGGAUGGCUCCCGAGAUGUUGAGAAAUGAACCGUCAAAUGAAAAGUGUGAUGUCUAUAGCUUUGGGGUCAUAUUAUGGGAACUAUCUACUUUGCAGCAGCCUUGGAGAGGAAUGAAUUCCAUGCAAGUUGUUGGUGCCGUGGGUUUCCAAUAUCGCCGUCUUGACAUUCCCGACGACAUGGAUCCUGCCAUCGCAGAUAUUAUCAGAAAAUGCUGGCAGACAGAUUCAAAAGCAAGACCUACAUUUGCUGAGAUAUUGGCAGCUCUAAAGCCAUUACAGAAGCCAAUUACGGGUUCUCAAGUGCCUCGACCGACUGCGUCCGGUAGGCACAGGAAGGAUCAAUCAUCUGCUUCCGAAAGAUAG